AUGCUCGUGGGGUCUCAGCCAGCCAACCUGGCUUCUCCCCUUCUCUACUCCUGGAAUCCUCAGGGCCACACCAGAGACCAUCCUUCUCGGGAUGACAGCCACACAGCAGGUGGGGAUGGGAAGGGAGGGCAGGAGAAGAGGAGACACUGUGUUAACUCCAGCAGGAGCAGUCUGCUGCCCCUGAGUCCCAGGGUGGCCCCAACAUUUUGUGGGGUCCAGGAGCCCACGCCCCACACUGACCUAUCUCCACACUGGGUCUGGGCCAUCUCGAACCAGAUUGUGCUCUUCUCCAGUGAGAGGCUGACCUCCCACCGGGGCCUGACCCUUAUGUUCAUGCAGUGCGGCCAGUUCAUUGACCACGACUUGGACUUCACCCCUGAGCCCCCAGCUAGAGUGGCCUUCACUGUGGGGGUUGACUGUGAGAGGACCUGCACCCAGUUGCCCCCCUGCUUCCCCAUCAAGUUACCCCCAAUCCCAUCCAGUGACCCCCGCAUCAGGGACCAGAGUGACUGGAUCCCCUUCUUCCGUUCAGCGCCCUCAUGCCCCCCAAACAGGAACCAAGUCCAAAACCAGCUCAGCGCGCUCACUUCCUUCUCAGAUGCCAGCAUGGUGUAUGGCAGCGAGGUCUCCCUCGCCCUGCAGCUCUGCAACCAGACCAAUCACCUGGGGCUGCUGGCCAUCAGCACCUGCUUCAGUGACAACGGCUGGGCCCGGCUCCCCUUCGACAACCUGUGUGAUGACCCCUACCUCCUCACCAACCCCUCCCUGUGCGCCCCCUGCUCCCCGGCAGGGGACUGUCGACCAUCUGAAACCCCCAAACUGGCAGCAAUGCAUACCCUGUUUAUGCGGGAGCACACCCGGCGGGCUAUGCAGCUGAGACGCCUGAUUCCCCCGUGGAGUGGAGACACCCUGCUCCAGGAGGCCCGGAAGACCGUGGAGGCCACGGUCCACAUCAUCACCUACUGAGACUUUCUGCCCCUGGUUCUGCGAGGCCCAGGCUCCCCCCGGGAGAAAACCCUGGGGCCCUACCGGGGGUCUUGCUCCAAUGUGGACCGUCGUGCGGCCAGUGUCUUCACCCUGGCCUUCCGCUUUGGUCACACCAUGCUCCAGCCCUUCAUGUUUCGCUUGGACAGCCAGUACCGUGCCUCAGCACCCAACUCAUGUGUCCCUCUUAGGACUAGCUUCUUUGCCAGCUGGCGAAUCGUGCAUGAAGGUGGCAUCAACCCCAUCAUCCCAGGCCUCAUGGCCACCCCUGCCACGCUGAACCCUCAAGAUUCCGUGUGAGUGGACGAGCUGCGGGACCGGCUCUUUUGUCAAGUGAAGAGGAUCGGGCUGGACCUGGUGGCUCUCGACACGCAACGCAGCCGGGACCACCGCGGCCUCCCGGGGCACAACGCUCGGAGGCGCUUCUGUGGGCUUUCCCAGCCCCGGAAUCUGGCACAGCUUAGCCAGGUGCUGCAAAACCCGGAUUUGGCAAGGAAGCUCCUGAAUCUGUAUGGGACACCCGACAAUACUGAUGUCUGGAUUGGGGCCAUUGCAGAGCCUCUUUCGCCAGGGGCCCAAGUGGGGCCUCUUCUGGUUUCUCUUUUUGAAAACCAGUUCACAAGAGCCUGA